AUGUACCGUACCCAGUCAAAUGCCUCCAGGGCUGCCCGCCCCAGAAUUCCCACCCUCCAGAGCCCGGCAAAAGAGCUGCAGCUGCAGCCGGGCCCUGCCACAGCAGACCCUGGCCGGGCUCUCCAGGCGCAGCGAUCACUCCUGCCUGCCUCCGUCGGCUGGGUGGUGGACUCCAGAAUUACUCCAGACCAGAGCGCUGCGCUCUCGCCUACCUUAUCUAAUACCUCGUCCCCCCACGUUGCCUGCCUGCUUCCCGUCGUCAUCUUCAUUUCUCCCCCAGAUGGACCUCUGCCCGCCUGUCUGACUUGUCGUUCAGGCCUCGCUCGACGAUAUCCAGAAAGUGCGCCCGUGCCCGGUUCUAAAGGUGUAUCACACGAGCAGCGUCCCCUGCCUGGCUUCUCCAUGACGUCGGAAUCCCGGGCUCUUCUCAUCCUUGCAGCCGUCGCUGUCCAAUCGCGCCAGCCCUAGCCAGUCAGAAAGAGGCUGGGCCAGCGCCUGCAUAUCGCCCGCUCACGAUCUCUGACCUCGAGCCAGACAGCGUCGCACACUGUCGACACUUGCUUGGGUGUUCUCAAAUCCGGCUGCCGUGAGCGGCUGGCGUGUCUGAAGGCCGAGUCUAACGAGCUCCAUAAUCUGGAUCUUGCGUAUCAGUUCCUAUUACACACCAAGUUACAUUUCUCUAAACCCAAACCCCAGCCCGCACCCCAGACUUGGCUCGGCCGCCGCCCGACAUCGACGGUCGGCUCGACC